GUUGGUUCGAACCAGAGGGUGGGUAUAGCUGCUCAACAUAUAAACCCUUAACCUCCAUUGUCAAAUAUUCACGAUCAAUCCUGUAUGGCAGGUUAAUUUCACUAAUUUGCUGGUUUAGUAAUCGUGAGCACAUAUGUCGAUGGAUGAUUUGGUCGGUUUGCUGAGAGUUCAUGUCCAUAGAGGUGUAAACCUUGCAAUUCGAGAUCUACGUAGCAGCGAUCCUUACGUUAUCAUCCGAAUGGGCAGACAGAAAUUGAGGACUCGAGUGGUAAAGAGAAAUAUAAACCCUGUGUGGGAUGAAGACUUGACUCUCUCGAUUUUGGAACCUCUCCCUGUUAAACUUGAAGUGUACGAUAGGGAUAUAUUUUCAACCGAUGACAAAAUGGGGGAUGCAGAGUUCGAUUUCAAGCCGUUCAUGGAAGCAGUAAAGAUGCGUUUGAACGAUGAUCUCCCAAACAAUACAAUCAUCACAACUGUGAAACCAACAAGGACCAACUGCCUAGCUGAGGAAAGCCACAUAACAUGGACCGACAACCGAGUUAUCCAAAACAUGGUUCUUAGAUUACGAAAUGUCGAAAGUGGUGAGAUUGAAAUUAAGUUGAGAUGGAUUGACGUUCCCGACCAUAAACGUAAAUAGUUCAUUCGACCUCUUUGCGUUUCACGCAUUCAAUGGUAUGUUGUAGAUUCAAGCAUUACAUCUCUUAAAGGGUAUUUUAGGCAUUUGAAUGUACCUGUCUUGAUAUCUAUAUCCAUUGCUUUCAUGGGAGUGAACCAGAAGGGUUCUUGGUUUUUUCUUUGAACUUUGUUAGUC